AUGGCCUCUCAAACCGUAGCAGCUGGUAAUUCUGAUUUGCAUAACUUUCGGGUUCCAACCAUCGUCCGGCCACUUCACAAUAGCAUCCCCUCGGAGCUGCUCCCUCGGUAUGACCCAAUCUACGUCGCAUACUACAAUGCAUUUAAUGCCGGGCGACUGCAUACACACGAGAUCCCGAUCGAAGAGUUCCGCAAGAACCCUGCCCGUUAUACCAUUUCCUAUGGCCGAGCUCCCGGCCCUGAUAUUUUCCGCAUCACAGAACAGAAAUGUCCUGUGGAUGGCGGUGAAAUCACUAUACGAAUAUUCGAGCCAGUACCCCGGCUUGACGACCAGGGUCAGCCGAAGAAGAGAGCAGCCUAUGUCAACUUCCAUGGUGGUGGGUGGGUGUUUGGUGGACUAGCCUACGAUCACGAUUUCUGCAAGCGAGUUGUCCAUGGUCUUGACGGGGACCUUGUCGCAUUUGACGUGGAUUACCGACUGGCCCCCGAGCACAAGUAUCCUAUUCCCGUGAACGAUUGUUGGACUGCUUUCAAUUGGAUUCGCUCCCACAAAGCGACUGAGUUCAAUCUAGACCCGGAUAGGUUCGCAGUGGGAGGUGCGUCAGCUGGAGGCCAGCUUUCGGCCGUCAUCAGCCAUCUCUGCCGCGAUGCAAACAUUCCUCUGCGCUUGCAAGUCUUAACCGUGCCGGUGACAGACUUGCACCGUGUCUUCACUCCUGAGGGCGAGUUUGACCGCGAAGGUUGUCCCUACGAAUCAUACCGGGAGAUGGAGUUUGCGCCAGCGCUACCAGCAGCGCGCAUGGCAUAUUUCCACCGACAAUUUCUAGGAGUUCCUCGACCGGCGGAGUGUGACGAGGAUUGGAAGAUAUCGCCCAUUCUCGCACCAAACUUCCAGAACUUGGCCCCUGCGUUGGUGUCUACGGCGGAAUUGGAUCCGCUGCGCGAUGAAGGAGAGGCGUAUGCAGCUAAGCUUCAAGCUGCUGGGGUAUCUGUAGAGGUAGAUCGAAUUGCAGGAGCUCCGCAUUUGGUCGCUGGACUCGAUGGAAUUCUGGAGGGAGGUCAGCGAUAUAACGAGAAGGUGAUUGCGACAAUGAAGCGGCAGCUUCAAGGGCUUCAAGGGAUGAGAGUUCAACCCGUAAACAAAUAA